AUGGGUAUGAUGAGAGUCAUUGUGUGUUGCGUCCUCCUAUCAUUGUUUGCACAAGUUAUCAACAUUGUUAAUGCAGAGAAUGUUGAAGUGCGAGUGAAAUCAGUGAAGCCCAUAGCCAAAACUGAUGAUAAUUUUGUGUGUGCAACCCUUGAUUGGUGGCCAAGUACUAAGUGUGACUAUGGUCAAUGUCCUUGGCAACAAGCCGGCCUCUUAAAUCUGGACUUGGAAAACAAAAUCUUGCAAAACGCUAUAAAGGCAUUCAAAUCUCUAAGACUUAGAGUUGGAGGCUCAUUGGAAGAUCAAGUGCUAUACAAUGUUGGAAACACCUUCAAAAGGUGCCCCAAGUUCAAACGCUACAAUGGUGGCUUGUUUGGAUUCACGCACGGUUGCCUUUCCAUGGAUAGAUGGGAUCAACUCAAUCAAUUGUUCAAACAAACAGGAGCCAUAAUCACAUUCGGGUUGAAUGUCCUUUAUGGAAAGCAAAAAGACAAAAAUGACAAGACCCUUUGGAUAGGCGAGUGGAACGCAAAAAAUUCACGCGAUCUCAUGAAUUACACCAUCUCAAGGGGUUAUAAGAUUGACUCCUAUGAAUUAGGGAAUGAACUAUGUGGUGGAGGAAUAGCAGCAAGGUUAACUGCAGAACAAUAUGGUAAAGACAUGAUAAAGUUGAAGAAAAUAGUGCAGGAAUUAUACCCAAAUCCAUCAACACAACCUAAACUGGUUGGUCCAGCCGGAUUUUACGACGAAAAAUGGUUCAAGACCUUCCUUCAGGUCACAGGGCCGAAUGUCGUUGAUGGUGUCUCACACCACAUAUACAACCUUGGAGCAGGAGUUGAUAAGAACCUUAUACAUAGGAUUCAAGAUCCUUUUUUCUUGUCCCGAGUGGCUAAAACCUAUAGUGAGGUAUCCAAAAUUAUAGAAGAGUUUGGUCCAUGGUCAGGAGCUUGGGUUGGAGAAGCUGGUGGUGCUUAUAACAGUGGUGGCAAAGAUGUCUCACAUACUUUUGCUAAUGGCUUCUGGUAUUUGGACCAAUUGGGUAUGACAUCAACCUUAAACCAUAAGGUCUACUGCAGACAAACCCUCAUUGGUGGCAAUUAUGGUCUCCUCAACACCACCACUUUCAUUCCCAACCCAGAUUACUAUGGUGCACUUUUAUGGCAUCGUUUGAUGGGAUCCAAUGUACUCUCAGUCAAUCACAAUGGCUCGCCAUAUCUAAGAGUUUAUUCUCAUUGUUCAAGAAAUAAGCCUGGAGUGACUUUGCUCAUCAUAAACAUGUCAAACUCUACAUUCUCAAGUGUUUCGGCGGUGAAUGAUAUGAAUCUAUAUACCAGCUCCAGCAUGGAGGUUUCUAACAAUGGUGGUGCAAAAGUACUCAGGGAAGAGUACCAUUUAACAGCAAAGGAUGGCAACAUUCAGAGCGAUGUGGUACUCUUGAAUGGAACUCCGUUGAGGCUAACAAAUAGUGAUGAUAUUCCAGAAUUGAAACCCAAGUUUGUGGAUCCUACUUCUCCUAUUCUUGUGGCACCCCAAUCCUUCGUCUUCGCAACACUCAGAGACUUCAAUGCUCCUGCUUGCCUUGCUUGUGAUAGGCCUCCUCUAAAGAAUGGUGUACCUUGCCUUUUUUCAGGUAGCUUUUUACGCCUAUUCAGCUGGGGCAUUGGUCAUAGCCGAAAUUCGUCGAAAGGAAAAAAAAAAAGAAAGAAGAGAAAGAAAGGGAAAUGGCCCAUUUUUAAAAGUUCGCCAGGGGCCCUGGAGGACUCAGGCACAGGACCCUUCUCGUUCAAUCCUUCUAUGUCGUCUUCCUAUACUGGUUCUACGUCUUUUCAUGAACUUACUCACUCUUCCUUGAUUAAUUUCCUCUGA